AAUCGUGCCGCACUCUAAUUCGUUAUUCAAAUUUUAAUAAGGGUGUUUUUAACAUUUCGACAAAUGUUAUAAUACAAUUUUAGCAAUACUAUCGAUAUGUGGAGUAAAUAUCUUGGCGUUUGUUAAAGAAAUAAUUUAAAAAGCUGUCUUUUUUGUCGAUAAGACUUGAACUUGUAAGCAUUGUAACUUAAACAAGCAUACCAGAGCUAGUUCAAAAGUGUACUUUGCAAAAGAGUGAGAAUGGCGAUAACGGAAGAUAAAACUUUAAGUGAAGUACUUACCAUAAAAAAUUCGACACAAAUAACGAAGUCAAAUGAGCAGUCUGACAUUGAACCUUUAAAAUUGAAAGUGUACAAAAGAAGAUGGCUAAUGUUGAUCAUUUGCAUGAUUUAUACUGCAGGGGCCACUUGUCAGUGGAUAGAAUAUGCCAUUAUUACUAACAUAGUUACUAGGUAUUAUGGGGUAUCUUCGUUAAUGGUCGAUUGGACAUCGAUGUCGUUUAUGGCAUUAUACCUGUUUGUACUCCCAGUGUCGUAUGUGUCGGAUAAAUGGGGCCUACGAUGGUCCUCGAUUAUAAGCAGCGGUGUGAGCUGUCUGGGUGCCUGGAUAAAAACUUUUUCCAUUCAACCCGACAGGUUCUACAUCGCUUUCAUUGGUCAAUCGAUAGUCGCAAUCACACAGACUGUGAUUCUACCAAUGCCAGGACGUUUGGCCGCGCAAUGGUUUCCUUCCACCGAAGUUUCGACCGCCACGUCUUUAUGUAUUUUUGGUAAUCAAUUGGGAAUAGCGCUCAGUUUUCUCCUCACACCUAUGAUAGUGAGAAACCACGAAAAUCUGGAUGACAUUGGCAGCGAUCUCUCACGUUUAUGCUGGAUCGUUGCGAUUGUUACCACGGUUGGAUUCGUUCUGUCGCUCUUACUAUUUCAGAAUGAACCAAAAUUGCCGCCGAGUGAGACGCGUGCACUGCAAAAAAUAAAUCGGGCGAAGAAAGAAGAGGAAUUCAUCGCACCGAUAAAAAGCCUUUGUAAAAACAAAAGCUAUCUCAUUCUCUGCAAUUCUUACGGUUUGAACGUCGGUGUGCUAAAUGCCGUGGCGACAUUGCUGAAUCAGAUAUUCCUCGCGCAUUUCGAGAACGGAGAAGAAGAUGCGGGCAGAAUUGGCUUAGCUAUGAUUAUCACCGGCAUGGCCGGUUCCGUUACUUUUGGUAUCAUCCUUGAUAAGACGCAUAAAUUCAAGGAAACUGCUGUGACCGUAUAUUUUCUCACAUUCUGCGGCCAAAUACUAUUCGCGGUGUUUAUUUAUCUUGGCAUAAAAUGGAUGGUAUAUGUGUCAGCAACUUUCCUAGGAUUUUUCAUGUCGGGAUAUUUGGCGCUAGGAUACGAUUUGUGCAUCGAAUAUACGUAUCCUGAGUCGGAAAAUGUAUCAACGGGAAUCCUCAAUAUAGCAAACAAUGUUUACGGCGUUAUACUCGUUAUAAUACUCGGAUUAUUAUUAAAAGACUACGGUGAUAUUCCGGUGCACAUUGGCUUAUGUUCGGCUCUAUUGCUCGGCUUUAUACUGACUGUUUUAACGAAAGAUGAACAAAGACGGCAGGAUGCAAGGAAAAAGGCUCAGAGUCAAGGAAAUGUGAAGAUCGAGAAAAACAAUAUCGAUGAUAUUUCAGAAAAUCAUCUAUUAACUUAUAAUAUUAAUUCAUAGGUAUAAAUUAUAUAUUUAAU